GCCCCAGUGAUGAGAGUGCCCGGAUGCGGAGCUGCUCUGUGGCUGCUGAGAGUUGCUGAAUGAGGGAGAAGAUGCCACUUCCCGUUCAAGUAUUAAAUUUUCAGGGAGCGGUAGAACCAAUGCAAAUAGAUGCUGACCCUCAGGAUGAUCAGCAGAAUGCACCUGACACAAACUACGUAGUGGAGAAUCCUACACUGGAUCUGGAGCAAUAUGCAGCCAGUUACAGUGGUUUAAUGAGAAUUGAGAGGCUCCUGUUUAUUGCAGAACACUGUCCACAACUACGCAUUGAAGCCCUGAAGAUGGCACUGUCCUUCGUUCAAAGAACAUUUAAUGUAGAUAUGUAUGAGGAAAUUCAUCGCAAACUGACAGAGGCCACAAGGGAAUCUCAGGGUGUGCCAGAUGCAGUGCCAGAGGCAGGUCUGGAACCCCCAACACUGGACACUGCUUGGGCAGAGUCUACACGGAAGAAAGCUUUGCUGAAACUGGAGAAAUUAGAUACAGAUCUAAAAAACUACAAGGGCAAUUCAAUAAAAGAGAGCAUCAGGAGAGGGCACGAUGACCUUGGUGAUCACUACCUAGAUUGUGGAGAUCUUAGUAAUGCACUGAAAUGCUACUCACGAGCCAGAGACUAUUGCACAAGUGCAAAGCACGUCAUCAACAUGUGUCUAAAUGUCAUCAAGGUCAGUAUCUACCUCCAAAACUGGUCCCACGUUCUCAGUUACGUAAGCAAAGCGGAGUCUACACCAGAGAUUGCAGAGCAAAGAGGUGAGAGGGACAGUCAGAACCAGGCCGUGCUGACCAAGCUGAAAUGUGCAGCAGGUCUGGCAGAAUUAGCAACUCGAAAAUACAAGCAAGCUGCCAAAUGUUUUUUGUUGGCUUCUUUUGAUCACUGUGACUUUCCUGAGCUGCUGUCUCCCAGCAAUGUAGCAGUUUAUGGAGGAUUUUGUGCACUGGCCACUUUUGAUAGACAGGAACUGCAAAGGAAUGUCAUCUCCAGCAGCUCUUUUAAGUUAUUCCUUGAAUUGGAGCCGCAAGUUCGAGACAUCAUCUUCAAGUUUUAUGAAUCAAAAUAUGCUUCCUGUUUGAAAAUGUUAGAUGAAAUGAAGGACAACCUUCUACUGGACAUGUACCUAGCUCCUCAUGUCAAAACACUUUACACACAAAUCAGGAACAGAGCCCUCAUUCAGUAUUUUAGCCCAUAUGUUUCUGCUGACAUGAACAAGAUGGCCAUUUCUUUCAACACCACAGUGGGUGCACUGGAGGAUGAAUUGACGCAUCUUAUCCUGGAGGGAUUAAUCAAUGGUAGAAUUGAUUCACAUAGUAAAAUUCUGUAUGCCAGGGAUGUAGAUCAACGCAGCACAACAUUUGAAAAGUCCUUGCAGAUGGGCAAAGAGUUCCAAAGAAGAGCAAAAGCCAUGAUACUCCGAGCUGCUAUUCUGCGCAAUCAAAUCCACGUUAAGUCCCCUCCACGAGAAGGAAGCCAAGGUGAAUUAAAUUCUGCAAACAGUCAAACUCGAAUGAGCACCAAUAUGUAAAGAAAUAAAGACCCUGUUAAAGAAAAACCAGCGCUGUGUGCUUUGCCUUCCACAGUUCUGUCAACAAAGAACUGCUUUUUGGCUUUAAAGAAAUUGAAACAAUUGUACAAGUGAACCUCUAUCCUGCUGUUUUUGGGGGCACGACGAAAGUUUUGUUGUUUAAGUUGAACAUAAGAUCCUUUGGAUUAAAGAGGAAGAUGAACUCUGUACCACAGGAUCCAAAUAUUUACUUAAAAACAUUUUUAAUUAUUUUCAGGAUCCUAGUUGUGAUCUGUGGGAGAGAGCUCUGAACAGUCGAGUGGCAAGGUUUUAGUUUCUACAAAACUGUGAAAAGCGUGCUGGAAUAAUAAAUGGAGGAUUUUGUACCAGUGAAUGCAUUACUGUUAGUUCAUGAGUAGUAAAGGCCCAUGACUGUGGAAUGGAGUGAAAAUGAAUGGGGUAUGGGAGCCUCUCGCACAAGUAAUGUAAAAGCAGUGACUAUCAUUGGUGCGAUAUUCUAUUCAUUCCAGAGGCAUUGUUGAAAAGUAGUUUUAAAAGAAUUGUUACAAUGGUGUAAAGUAGUCAUUAUGUUGAAUUUUACUAAGAAGCUCCAUUGAUUUUUUUCACCAUUUUAAAAUUACUUUCCACUGCACAUUUUUAUUUCCUUCUACCAAGGUGGGGGAUGCAAUUGUGUCAUAAACUCUUGCAAUUGAUGUCAGUACUGUUUUAAAUUGGUUGAUGAAAUGCAUGAUUCUCUGGGGAGACCUGGAGGUAUGAUUCCUCUUUUAUUCCCCAUUUGCCGAGCAGUGUUUUAUAAGUGAGAAUUGAUGCAAUUCUUUAAUAAAAGAUACAAAAUUUGAAAUUCAGUCAGGAUAGAAAUUCAAAUAUGCAACAAUUCAUUAUUCCAGUAAUCAACUGCUUAAAACAUCAGGGCCAUCCGAACCACCCAUCUCAAUUUUACUAAUUAUCAAUUUGCAAAGUUUUUCAACAAUGCCAAUGGAAUGAAAAGUUCCCUUUCAUCUUUAUUCUAAAUGUUAUUGACUGGUGUCUCAAAUUUUCCCAUGAAACUGUAUGAUGUCAUAGUUGAUAAUCAGUAAUUGGUUGUUAGAUUGCUGCAGUAAUUGUUGGCUCAAUCUUACGAGUAUUAAAAAAGAAAUUACAAGAUUAGUAUGAAUUCUCCAUUAGUUUAAACUUUAAUGCUCAAUGUAUGAUACAAGUUCUUCAAUUCUGGCAUCACUCCCAAGCAACAUUCAGAAUAAAAGUAUGGUUUAUUUUAUUUAAUAAAAGGAAAUUUAAUUACAAAUUUGCAGUAGUAGUAAAACACAAAAAUAGAAAUAUAGAGAAUAUAUAGAGAGGAUGUCUUACCAUUAUCAGUGAAUUACAGGGUCUUUUUAAACAAGUAUGAAAGGUAGAAACACGGGAGUACAGAUAGGACUUGUUACUUUAACACACGUGAACCCUUGGGACUCACUGUUAUUGGUUGGAAACUUGGUUUCUUCUUUGGGUGUGCAUUGCCUUGUGGAAUUUCAAGUUCUUCAAAAUGCACCUGAAGCACUACAUUUGUGAGUUAGUUUUCAGUUUUGACCUCUGCAAAUUAUCUUUGGAACACACCCAAAGAAUAAACACAUCACCAGCAAAGAGGAAGGCUGUGUCUCUUGACCUUUUAACUGUUCUGUUUACGGGCAAUACGGUAACUAGUUUCACAUUUUUGUUCCUGUAUGUUCCUUUUUAAUUGUACAAACUAUGUGAUGAGGACUGACUUAUUGUCAUGUCAGAAUAAAAGUGACAUUUCUUGUUACAGCUGUAAUACAAAACACAUCAACAAUACAAUGUUUUCCAUAUCAAUUUAGAGUCAAAUUUUGUAAUUGUAUGAAAAGCAUUACCUAGGCCUCCAUAGCUAUUUAAUGUUUUAAGUGACUGAAGAAGUUAUCCAAAGUUGAGCUUAUUUGGCAUUUAAAACUGGAAAAAGCACAAAUAAUUGCCAUUCUUUUUAUCUAUUAUCUUUGUGUCUACUCAGUUAUCCUGUGCAGUUAAUGUUCUUGGGACUAAGUGGCAGUCUACGUAUUGUUUCACUUUCCUCCUUCAUUGUUGGGGUGUAGUUUAUGAAAUCCUUAUCAAGUGUCUGGGGAAAAAUGGGUAGUGACAUCCCACCUUUUGGACCUGGCUUUGACCCUAUCUCAGAUAAGAAAUAAAUUUGUCUUUUCUCAUACUUUCUUUCAGCCAAAUUGCAGCUAUGUCAGGUUGCAUGGUGCUGUGUAAUGUAAAUGGCAUGAAGUAAAUUGAUAAAGUAGAAUUUUAGCCCGUGCAACCCAAAUUUUAAUCUCUGCUUUUGCUUUGAUUUGAUCUUUGGCAGAAGAAAUUGUUCACUGCACAGAGGUCAAACUAGUUGCUGUACACGUUGGCUUUUCAAUGAAUGGUUUGAAGAGAUGAACAGAAAAAUAUUGCCAGAACUUAUGAUUGUUCCUUUUCAAGACGUGCUUUCUGGCAAAUGUUAAUUUUUGCUGACAACACAAACUUCUAUUGGCAACUAAUCAGGAAAGAACAGUGUUACUUAAGGCUUUUCUCAUAGCUCCUGAAAUCAGCCUUUUUGUGGAAACUUAACAUAGGAACUUCCGGUGUUUGGUACGGUUUUGGUUAUAUUUCUUAUACAUUAGUGCACGGUGUUUAAAAUGUAUGAGUGUUUACAAUGGGAUUAUUUUGAUUUUGUUUUAAAAAGGAUCAAACAAAUAUAAAGCCACAUUUACCUCAAUAUCACGUGUUCAUCCUUUGUCCCUGUUUUUCCAUUAUAAAAACCUAUAGGUAUUACAGUAUACAUGUUUUCCAGAUUUGGACUCAGUCUUCCCUUUAUGGAAUGUAGUAGGGCAUCCGUGUGCAUGUGAAAACAAUUUCAGUGAGCCAUUCGCAUAGAAGGGAUAGGAUUCACAAUGAUGACUACAGUUGAGUAAACACACAAUCAGUAAAAUCCAAAACAUUGUUUUCUGGUUAUAACAAUCCUGCAUAUUUUUUAUUUUGAAGUUGUAAUUGUAAAAUACCAACUCAAGUGAUAAAUAUUGGUAGUCUUUGUUUUUUGUGACUAUUGCAGAAAAGUUGAACUUUAUCUUUCAUUAAAUUUCAGUGUAAAACAAAAAAUUGUGCAUUCUAAAAUCUUGCAAAAAUUUGACUGAAAUUCCUGAUCGAUAAUGAUAUGUGAAUGAAAACAUGGCAAAUUGAUAUUUAAUGGA